GGUUUUCUUCUUGCGGUUCGGUGAGGCUCGCAAAUUCCUAACUCGAAACCCUCCUCGUGGCCAAAUCAAACCUCAGGCCCCAAAUUGGGAUCCUGAUAGAGUCGCUAUCCCUGUCUCAUCACCGCGCGGCGACGCUGCACCGUCGCCGGUAAGCGGGGCCGGCGGCGGAACCAUCGGCCCGUGGAAGAGUGCAGAUGGCGUUCUCCUUCCAUACUCCACCACCCCAACUACAGCAGCCGCAGCCUUCGCCGUUCCAGACCCCGCAACAACCGUCGUCGCUCUUCCAAACGCCUCAACCUCCGCAGCAGAACUCGCUGUUUUCGUCGGUCGGGCAGCAGCAGUCGCCGUUCCAGUUGCAGCCGCAGCAGCAUAUUCAGUUUCAGCAACCGCAGCAGGCGGCGGCUGCUGCGCCGCAGCAGCAGUUGUUGCUUUAUACGAAGGAUAGGGCGCCGGCAGGGUAUAAUACCAAGUGGGACGAUCUGCACCCUGACUCGCAGAAGCUUCUUCUGCAGAUCGAGGUGCGGAUUCUCGAGUACAAGGAUGAGAGCCAGAGGUUGGAUCAGUGCAGCCGACUCUAUGAUUCAUCAAUAUCAGGUGACAGUUUUGAGCUCACUGCCAGUAGAAUCAUUCAGGAACUUGGGGUAAUCAGUACCGCGAUGGAAAGAGAAAAAGUUUCAAUCCAAGAAUUAAUGGCCUCUGUGAACAAAAUGAUGUGGGACACAGAGUUUGCUAUUCGGUCAUACAUGAUGCUGAGGCCAAAGUUUCAUCGUCAGAAUGUUCCAGCUAUUACAAAUGUUGCAUCUGGAAGUCAGAAUACAGGAUCAGGAAUCGCUUCUAACCCAACUAAUCAACUAGCUACUGGCUCUGUAGCUCCAGUUUUUGAUUUUUACAGUGGGCUUCCAAAAAGGCCAUCUAUUUUUAUGGAGCAUACAGUUGCUAGAUUUGAGAAAUAUCUCACCGAGUGUUGCCAAUGGAUUGAAGAAGUAGAACAACUAGUCAUGAUGGAUACUAGCAAAAUGUCUUCGAGUUCUCUGGAAGCUUUACCGCAAGUCAUAUCAAAUGUCCAUGAUUUUUUCAUUCAUGUGGCUGCCAAGGUAGAGAACCUUCACCAGUAUGUUGAAUCUAUGAAGACAGCAUAUCUUGCUGAUCAGCGUCGACGUGGUGAUGGGAAUGAUCCAUUUCUUGAGGCCAACAGAAGAGAAGCAGCGAAACAAGAAGCUGCUGCUAGAAGAGUUCACCCAACAUUGCAUUUACCAGCAAUUUCUGCACAAUCAACUACUCAAGUUUCUGGUGCCUUUGCUAGUUCAGCAAUACCUGUGUCAAGCACUCUGCAGCCAUCUGGAGCCCCUUCAGCCGCAUCUUCUGGUGGUGGAUUUUCAUUGUUUAGCACUCCAUCUUCAGCUCCUGCUGCCUCUUCCUCUUCCCUAUUUUCAACUCCAACAGCUUCUGCUCCUUCAACCUUGUUUGGUUCUUCCGGCUUUUCACCUCAGUCAACACCAUUUGGAACUCCCUCUGCAUCUCUGUUUGGUUCCACUCAGACUCCAUCCGGGUUUGCAACUAGCACUCCAUUUGGAUCCACCCCUGCUGCUGGUAGCUCUUCACUGUUCUCCACUCCCACACUGACUGCCACAGGUGCUGCAAUCGGUUCGGGUGCUAGCUUUGGUCCAUCUAAAUCAUCCAGGCCAAAGACUCGCACCAGCAGGCGUUAGUCGUAUGUAUGCCAUAACUCAAGCUGGUAAUCCACAAACCUUUUGCUUAAGGGGUAUUUGUUGUAUGCCCUAAAACAGGCUGGUGAUGUGGAACUCCUUGCAGAUGUUUUGGACUAAGAAUUUUAAUUAGUAAAUCAAGUGAGUCUUCUAAUGCAUAAUCAUUUUAGUCGGUGUA